AUGCUGCCCGAAAAACGGGUAGCACGCCUUGUUCAACAAGCUGACACAUCAUUAACCACCGACCCCCUUCGAUCUCGAAAUCUCCUAACCGAUGCUUUAGCCAUCUCACCAUACGAUCCUGACCUCUGGCAGCAAAGAGCUAUCGCUCAUGUCAAGCUAGGAUAUCCAGAUCUAGCUAUCGGUGAUGCAUAUCGAGCUUUAUUGUUAGUACAAGAGCUAUUGGAAGCACAUGAGGAGUCUGAGUUUGGAUUUAUUGGGUUAGUGGCUUGGAGGGGUAGGAGGGCACAGCCGAAGGAUACAUUUGCAACAGGCGAUGCAGAUGAAGUAUCAAAUGAAGUUGAGGAGACAGAGGGGGACUAUGAGUCCAUACCGGAGAUAACGGAGGUUGAGGAUAAAGAUCUUAAGCAAACGGAUGUUUUUGCGAGAAGGUUGAUAUGUUCUUCGUUAUUGGAGAUUGGGUGUUUGUUGGAUGCAUGGGAGCAAGCAGAUACUUCUUUGAAGGUCUACCCUGAAGAUGAGGAAUUACGGAAAAUAUAUCAAGAGUCAGAUGAGAAAGUUAAGCAGGGACGAGAGAAAGGGGUAUCUGACUUUCAACUACGUGAAGGAGAAGUUGCAAGGGUUAUAUAUCCAUGGAAUACAUUUGAACCAGACAGGACAUCGGACGAAACGGUGGGACAUCUCAAUACAUUCGUCACCAAAGCCUCAUCAGGAAACUUCGAGGUUAAAGUAACAGAACUGCCAAUGUUAGUACCAGAUGCCAAAGAGGAGGGUAAAGUCAUUACAAAGACAUCGCGACAAUUAGGUGUCUAUGCCACAAAGGACCUACCGAAGGAUACACAAGUUUUCAGCGAGCGAAGUAUAUUAACAGUCAACAACCGUCUUUUCGACCCUCUUUGCGAUUGUUGCAAUGGACCCCUCGAUCCAUUAAAUACCUUCUCUUGCGACAACUGCGACGAUGUAAUGUUCUGUUCAACAACCUGCAAAGACGAAGCGACGGAGAAAUACCACCCGUCAUUAUGUGGGAUCGAUAUCGACUUUUUGUUUAAAUCGGCGCAUACAAGACACUCGGUCGCUAACGAUGCCUCUGCAACUGCUUCUUCGAGUACCCCUACAAAGGCUCUUUAUAGUCUUCUAUUACUCCGUACGCUGGCGAUGGCAUUAACCCAAGAUGUUAAUCCACUUGAAAUAUUACCAGUGAAAUACCUAUACGGAUCUUCACCUCCCCCACCGCCACCUCAGAAACCACCAACACUUCCAUUCACAUUUCCUGAUAACAUUCUUUCGGUUUUUCAUAUCUUAACCCGUCUCGAAGUCGACCCAUUCAAAGUCUCGCUUCACACGUUCGAUAUAUGGCAUACCCUCACCAUACAUUCCAAAAUCCUGGGGACAGCAUCAGCAAGACAUAACCCAACAAGUGGACAGCCGGAGGUAGCGGCGUUACAUCUUUGUUAUAGUCUUGUAAAUCAUGAUUGUGAGCCUUGUUUGAUGUGGGAAUGUCAGAGUGAGAUGAAGUUUAGGACUUUGAGGGAGGUGAAGGAGGGGGAGGAGGUUAGGGAUUGUUAUACGGAUCCGAGGAUUGAGAGUUGGAAGAAGAGGAGGGAGUGGUUGAUGGGUAGUUUGGGGGGUGGGUGUAGAUGUGGGAGGUGUGUUAGGGAGAGUGAGGCGGAUCCGUGA